CAGAAAAUGGCAGAAACAAAUUUCAGCACGGUGGUGGAAUUCAUUCUCCUAGGAUUUUCUGACCUUGCAAGCCUCCAAGGAUUUCUCUUUGGGAUUUUCUUAUUCAUCUACACAAGUAUCCUGGUUGGAAAUGGCCUCAUUAUUGUCAUCACCAAAGUUACUGCUGCUCUCCAAACACCCAUGUACUUUUUCCUCAGAAAUUUUUCUUUCUUGGAAAUCUGCUAUACAUCAGUGACUAUCCCGAGAAUGCUGUCAGACCUUUGGACCCAGAAGAAAAAUAUUUCUUUACUAGCUUGUGGUAUACAACUUGCUAUCCUCCUUAGUCUAGGAGGCACUGAGAGUUUCUUCCUGUCUGUGAUGGCCUAUGAUCGUUAUGUGGCUAUCUGUAAGCCACUCUAUUAUCCUGUCAUCAUGAACCACAAAAAGUGCCUUCAGUUGGUUACCGGUGCCUGGCUAAUUGGAAUUCCAAUUCAGAUAGCACAAACAUGCCAGAUAUUCUCUCUGUCUUUCUGCGGCUCUAAUGAACUCAGUCAUGUUUUCUGUGAUAUUCCCCCAUUACUGAAGCUGGCCUGUGGGGAUACCUCUUUGAAUGAGCUGUCUGUCUAUGCUGGUGCUACGAUCUUUGUUACAGUUCCUUCACUAUUGAUACUUUGGUCCUACACUAAAAUCAUUAAGACCAUCUUGAAGUUACCAUCUGCUGUGGGGAGACACAAAGCCUUCUCCACUUGCUCCUCCCACCUGAUAGUUGUGGGCUUAUUCUAUGGAUCUGGGUUUAUUACAUAUUUAAGACCCAAGUCAAACCAUUCACCAGGAGUAGAUAAAGUACUUGCCCUUUUCUAUACUAUUGUAACCCCACUCUUUAACCCUAUGAUAUACAGCCUGAGGAACAAAGAUGUCAUUGCAGCAAUAAAACAGCUAGUAUCUAAGUGUCUCAGUUAA